GUUUUUUUUUUUUUUUUUUUUUUUUUUUUUUUUUGGUCCUCUGGAUUAUCGCUGCCCAGCAACACGGCCACCUGACAACUCUGAAUGUCGUAAUUAAGGUGAAUCAAUGAGCCAGCUAUGGAGACCAAAAGAUACCAAAGUUUCUUUGAUGGAAGUGAUACAGAGAACAGAUGGUCGCAGGUCCCCAUCACCAUGGAGCACUGCAGCAGCACAGAGGAUUCAAGUCUGACUAGCAGCGAUAUCCUGAUGGACAUAGUCGAUGUCAGCUGCCCUGCUGGAAGCCCAGCCACCGACUGUAAAGACAACAAUACAAAGAAGCAGGAGCAGCCGAUGCUUCGGCUCGGCCAGAACCAGCCAUUUGUUCUCCCACACUUCAACAACUCCCUCCAUGGUCAUAAGCAGGACAUGGACUCUAAAGAGCUUUCCAAGACCGUGGCUGAGUCUAUGGGCCUGUAUAUGAAUGCUGCCAGGGAGGCAGACUUUGCCUUUAGCCAUCACGGGGGCAAUAGCAGCCCUGGGAAGAUGUAUACAGUGUGUGGACGGGCUCUAGAGGAGACCCAGUGUGGAUCCACAAAGAGCCCCAAGUUAAAGCCAUUUGGGUUCCAGCAGUCCAGCACCACUCCCAGAGAAUGCACCACUGGGACUCCAGUGAGCUCGGCCUCAAUGCUGGCCUCAUCUCUGUCCUGCAGCCCCCAGACCUCCAGCUCCAUCUCCAGCCCAGGGGGCAGCAACAAUAUGGUGUCGUCAACCACCAGUCCUCUUAUGUGUUUUGGACCGGUGUGCUCGUCCGUCAAUAGUCCUGUCAGCCAGACGUCUUGUGCUGCAGCUCUGGCCAACAUCAAGCGCAGGAAUUCAGCCACAUGUAGCCCCGUGGAGUCCAGCACAGUGGGCUCACCACCUCUCACCAGCCCGCACAACGUCAUGAGGUCCCCCAUGUCCAGCCCCCAGAGUAUGAGUAGUGUGAGAUCGCCUCCGUCCUGCAGCACCAGCUGUAACAUUAGGUCAUGUGUCUCGAGCCCCACAGGUGGCUGCUGCACCAGCACUGCCAACAACGGCAACACAGCAAGGCCCUCCAUCUCCAGUCCGGGCAAAGUGGGCACCAUGGCUGUCAGCAGCCCACAGAACCCCUCCUCGGGUGGGUUUCCUGUGUGCAGUCCUGCUGGCGGACUGGGUUUGGUGCAGAAUGACACCAACAGCCCAGAAGCAACAGGUCUGACCAGAGACACGGACUUCAAGAACUUUGAAUUCCCUAAAGUAGAGAUGGUAGAUGGGGAGGUGUUCAAUGUCGGCUUAGACCAGAUGGGCAUGGUUAAGUACAUUAAGAACGAGCCUGGAACUGACUUCAGGAGCAUGUGUUUAGGCGGCUCCAAAUGUAAUGUGAGUAGCACACCUUUUAUCACACAGAUCAAGAGUGAGCCAAACAAAGAUGAGGGAUGUAUGAACCAACAGCCCUAUGGUGAGCAGUCACCAUCCCAUAGUCUCUAUCCUGCGUCUGAGACCACCUACUUGUCCUUGAGGAAUAACAUUGAUGAAUACAGUCUUUCUGGUAUCUUAGGACCCCCUGUCCCCUCUAUGAAUGGGACCUAUGAGCCGGAUGUGUUCUCCAACAAUGUCCUGUCUAAAGGGGUUAAGCAGGAGACCACUGAUGGCGGCUAUUACCAAGAGAAUAACAGCAUGCCCACAUCGGCCAUUGUUGGAGUUAAUUCCGGUGGACAUUCAUUCCAUUACCAGAUUGGAGCGCAAGGAACAAUGUCUUUCACGCGGCAUGAUGUGAGGGACCAGUCCAACCCUUUAUUGAAUCUAAUUUCGCCCGUAACGGCGUUAAUGGAGUCGUGGAAAUCUCGCCCGGGCAUGUCACACGCCAGAGGUGAGGGAUACCUGGGUCAGAACUGCAUCACGGACAGCAUGACGAGCUCGCCACUGAGACAACCGUCCUCAACGGCCAAAGUGUGUCUGGUUUGUGGAGACGAGGCAUCCGGAUGCCACUACGGCGUCGUGACAUGUGGAAGCUGCAAAGUGUUCUUCAAAAGAGCCGUGGAAGGUCAGCACAACUACCUGUGUGCCGGGAGAAAUGACUGCAUCAUUGACAAGAUCCGAAGGAAAAACUGUCCUGCAUGUCGCGUACGGAAGUGUCUCCAGGCCGGGAUGAACCUAGGAGCACGAAAGUCCAAGAAGUUAGGGAAGCUGAAGGGUGUCAGCGAGGACCUGCAGGGCUCUAAGGACGGCCAAACUGCCACAGGUGGCGGUGGAGGCGGUUACCUGUCGUCAGAGAAGGAGCUCAACGCCAGCGCUGCCACUGCCCUGGUGCCCCACGGGCCCUCGGUGAUCACACCUUUUCUGCCGCCCUCCAUCUGCAGUGUGUUGGAGCUGAUUGAGCCUGAGGAGGUGUACUCUGGCUAUGACAACACGCAGCCUGACACCACCGACCACCUGCUGUCCAGUCUCAACCGCCUGGCCGGAAAGCAGAUGGUACGCAUGGUGAAGUGGGCCAAAGUACUUCCAGGCUUCCGGGGCCUGCCCAUUGAGGACCAAAUCACCCUGAUCCAGUACUCGUGGAUGUGUCUGUCCUCCUUUUGCCUCAGCUGGCGCUCCUACAAACACACCAAUGGACAGAUGCUCUACUUUGCCCCUGACCUCAUCUUUAACGAGGAACGCAUGCAGCAGUCGGCCAUGUACGACCUGUGUCUGGGCAUGAGGCAGGUGAGCCAGGAGUUUCUACGACUGCAGCUUAACUACGAUGAGUUCCUCUCCAUGAAAGUCCUUCUGCUUCUCAGCACAGUUCCCAAAGACGGUCUGAAGAACCAGGCGGCGUUCGAGGAGAUGAGGGUUAAUUACAUUAAGGAGCUCCGGCGUUCAGUGGGGAAAGCAACCAACAACUCUGGCCAGACCUGGCAGCGCUUCUUCCAGCUCACCAAGCUACUGGACGCCAUGCAUGAUCUGGUGGGGAACCUGUUAGACUUCUGUUUCUACACCUUUCGUGAGUCCCAGGCCCUGAAGGUGGAGUUCCCCGAAAUGUUGGUGGAGAUCAUCAGUGACCAGAUACCAAAGGUGGAGUCGGGCCUCACUCACACAAUCUACUUCCACAAGAAGUGACUCCCUUAUUAACAGUCGGGUGAGAAGCAGCAUUAAGAACUGGAAGAAAUGGGGUAAAAAAGGUUCAAAAAGAGAAAAUGUGCGAGAAAAGGCCAGACCGGUUGGCCCGCACCCGGUCGCCCAGUAUGCCGGGGUCCUUCGUCUCGGAUGGGAAAGUGAAGCGACGC